AUGGGCUACACCCAGUUCUGCGGCGGCUCCAUCAUCAACGACGACUCCAUCCUCACGGCGACCCACUGCGCCUGGGUGGACAGCGACCGCUCGGCGCAGAACCUCACCGUCCUGCCGAGCGACGUCUUCGUCUACGUGGGGCACAUCAACCUGAAGACGCUGAACCGCAACUACCUCUACGCGGUGAAGGAGUUCAUCGUCAACCCGGUGAUGGCCGCCACGCGGCACCUGGUGAAGAACUCCCUCACCGGGGAGGAGGAGUACCAGCUCGACUUCAGCCAGGGCCACGACGCGGCGGUGAUCAAGCUGGAGAAGAAGAUCACCUUCGAGGAGGGCCUGGUGACGCCGGUCUGCCUGCCCCACCCGAAGGCGGUCGUCAUUCGCGAGCAGUGCAUCGUCAUGGGCUGGGGCACCAGGGAGGAUGGGAGCCACCCGAACGCCCUCUACCAGGUGGAGAUUCCCAUCAUGGACGGCGGCUGCGGGUCGAACUCUGCCUGGGACCGGGCACAGCUCAUCUGCGCCGGCAAUCCCAAGUACCAGAAGGACGCCUGUCAGGGGGAUUCGGGCGGCCCCUUUAUCUGUCCGCACCAGAGCGAGCCGAAGGAGUACCUGCAGUUCGGCAUCGUCAGCUACGGCGUCGGCUGCGGCCAGUACGGCGGCUUCUACCAGAACACCACCGCCGUGCUCGACUGGAUCAAGGAACAGGCGGAGAA